AUCAGUCGGAUCGGAUGGGAUCGGGUCGGAUUAGAGACCCAAUGCUUUGACUCACCAGUCACCAAUCACCAAUUGCCAAACACCCGAAAGAAACCGUAAGUUUUAACAGGAAGUAUCUUUAUCAUGCUUUGAUCCUUUCCUCUGCAAAUCCCGCCCAUUCUUUCCUUCAAUACAGUUGUCUCAGCUUUCCGAUCCUUGAUUCAAACACAAGUCUUCAACUCUGUAUCAGCAUCGUCAUGCUGCUGCAAAUAGACAGUCACAUCCUUUCACCUCUUCUUCUCUCAUCCUCAACGUCUCAAUCAAUACAUUCUGUAUAGGUUGGACUUCAAGCUAGAGGAAAAGAGCGGAUCAAUGUCAAGAUGCACCACCACUAUCAAAGAACUCAGGCAUUCGUGUCUUCCUUUCUUAGUAAAAACCACAAAAUUGAGCCCUAUAAUAUACCGCGUAAGAUGCGGUCAGUUUUCUUCAUCUUCAGCAUGCCACCUAGACAAUAUCCUCCUGGUGGCAUUUCUGACCAAGACCCUCAAUGAGUCCGGCACUCGCAAUCUCGACCCAGAUUCGAUUCCUCUAUCUGAGCCUCUAGUGCUCCAAAUUAUAUGCCGAAGCUCGCUUCACGUCUCCAAGAAAAAUGCUUUCUUUAAAUGGUGUUCUCUCAGACAUAAAUACAAACACUCGGCGUGCACUUACUCCCAUAUGUUUCGCACGUUGUGUCGAGCAGGGUACCUCGAGGAAAUUCCUAUUUUGCUAAAUUCCAUGAAAGACGAUGGUGUAGUUGUUGGUGCUGACACUUUUAAGUUUAUUCUUGAUGCAUUUGUUCGAUCCGGUAAGUUUGACUCUGCACUUGAGGUUCUUGAUGACAUGGAGGUAUUAGGAAUUAAUUUUAGCCCUCACAUGUAUGACUCUGUUCUUGUGGCAUUAACUAGGCAAAAUAAGAUAAGUUUGGCCUUAGCCAUUUUCUUUAAACUCCUAGAAGCUUCUAAUGAGAAAGAAGUUUGUGCUGGAAAUGUUGUUAGUCUUUCACUUCCUGGUUCUAAUGCGUGUAAUGCAUUGUUUGUUGCACUCAGAAAGGCUCAAAUGAGGGUUGAAUUCAAAAAGGUCUUUGACAAGCUGAGGGAAAGAAAGGGGUUUGAGUUGGACACAUGGGGUUUCAAUAUUUGCAUUCAUGCCUUUGGUUGUUGGGGUGAUCUAGGUACUGCAUUAAGUCUCUUCAAAGAAAUGAAGCAUAAGAGUACGGACUCUGGAUCAUUUGGUCCUGAUUUGUGCACCUAUAACAGCCUGAUUCAUGUGCUAUGCUUGUCCGGAAAGGUUAAGGAUGCAUUGGUUGUAUAUGAGGAAUUAAAAGUGUCUGGUCAUGAGCCUGAUGCCUUUACAUAUGGAAUACUUAUUCAGGGGUGCUGUAAAUCAUAUCGAAUGACUGAUGCAACAAAAAUAUUUGGUGAGAUGCAGUACAGUGGAUUCCUUCCAGAUACCGCCGUGUACAAUUCUCUUCUAAAUGGGAUGUUCAAGGCGAGGAAAGUUACAGAAGCUUGCCAGUUGUUUGAGAAGAUGGUUCUGGAUGGAGUGAGGGCCUCACCCUCAACAUACAACAUUUUGAUUGAUGGGUUGUGUAAGAAUGGUAGGGCUGAGGCUGGUUAUAGUUUAUUUUGUGACCUAAAGAAGAAGGGCAAGUUUGUGGAUGCAAUUACUUACAGCAUUGUUGUGCUCAUGCUUUGUAGGGAAGGUCAACUUGAGGAAGCACUACGCUUGGUGGAAGAAAUGGAAGAGAAAGGCUUUGCUGUUGACUUAGUCACCAUAACAUCACUAUUGAUUGAAUUUCAUAAACAGGGAAGGUGGGAUUGGACAGAGAAGUUAAUGAAGCACAUAAGGGAUGGUCAUCUACUACCAAAAGUUCUCAGCUGGCAGGCAGAUAUGGAAUAUUCAUUGAGAAAUCAACAAAGCAGAAAAAAGGACUACACGCCCAUGUUCUCAUCUAAUGGCAACCCAAGUGAGAUUAUGAGUUUAUUAAGGUACCCUCACUUAAAGCAUCAUGGUUCAGAUGAUAACGUGGCAGAGGAUGAGAACAAUUCGUCGGUUGACACCGAUCAAUGGUCAUCAUCCCCAUAUUUGGAUCAUUUGGCCAAUCAAGUGAAGUCCUCUGAUAAUUAUUCUCAGCUAUUUUCACUGGCUAGAGGUCAAAGAGUCCAAGGGAAGGGAAUGAACUCUUUUGAUAUUGAUAUGGUUAAUACUUUUUUGUCUAUAUAUUUAGCAAAGGGUAAGCUGAGCUUGGCCUGCAAGUUGUUUGAAAUAUUCAGGGAUAUGAGUGUGAACCCUGUAAGUUAUACAUACAAUUCUAUCAUGAGCUCUUUUGUCAAGAAAGGCUAUUUCAAUGAGGCAUGGAAUGUUCUUAAUGAAAUGGGUGAAGGGGUUUGCCCAGCAGAUGUAGCAACGUACAAUUUGAUAAUUCAAGGGCUGGGGAAGAUGGGAAGGGCAGAUCUAGCGAGCUCUGUUCUAGAUAAACUAAUGAAGCAAGGGGGCUACCUUGACAUAGUCAUGUACAACACCCUGAUUAAUGCAUUGGGAAAGGCUGGCAGAAUUGAUGAAGCUAAACUGUUUUUUCAACAGAUGAAAAGCAGUGGAAUAAAUCCUGAUGUGGUCACUUACAAUAUUCUGAUUGAAAUUCAUAGCAAGGCAGGUCAUCUAAAAGAUGCAUACAAGUACUUGAAAAUGAUGUUAGAUGCAGGCUGCUUGCCCAAUCAUGUAACUGACACAACUUUGGACUUCUUGGCAAAGGAGAUUGAGAAACAAAGAUACCAAAAGGCAUAUAUUUUGCGGAAAAAGGAUGAUCCCUCUUGAGGUGUCUUUUCUUAUUAGUUUGGUUGAAGAACUUAUCAGGUAGUGAAUCAAGAGAAUUUUCCUCUCAGAACUGGCCCUAAAUUUUAACAAAGAAUGGGUAGUAUCAGGUGCCAUCUUGAGCUAUAUACUUUGCAGAAGAAUUCAACGUUUCCAGAAGAAUGCAAAAUAGGAGAAAUUGGAAUACCAGAUCAAAAGUGAUGGCUGCUUGUACGCAGAUCAGCUAAAAGACCUGAUCGUGUCAUCCCAUGGUUUCACUGCAAAUUUUGGAUGCAUGGAUUGCUUACACAUAAUAUGCCUUGAUUGCUUGCUUUGCGCAUAAAGGAAGAUCUGCUAUUUUGCAAAGGCCAUCAUACUCUUGAAGUACAGGUACUCAACAAUCGACUUAUUAUGCCCUUGUCUGUUAGUGAUAAAAAUGUAUAAUACUGCUAAAAAAUUAUGAGAGGCUGAAGCUAAAUUUCUGUGUUAAGAAAGGUUUACGUUAGGUAGAGACGACUACCUGAUUCAUCUAAGCUUUGGACAUUUCGUCUUCAUGAAGAUUUUGCUAUGAGUAUGUUGUUUUAUUUUCUUAACUGUGAAGGAUAGUUAGUUAGCCAUGGGAUGGGAUUCUUGGCAUGUCCAAUCCAAGAAUUAAUGUAUAUUUUAUGUUGGGAAACAUAAAGCUGCUGUUCAACCAAAUGAGUUCAUAUGUUUUGAACUUAUUUUGGAUUUGAAAGUCAUCAAAUAUCAAGUUAAAAUAAAACGAGAAAGUAUAAGAAAAAUAAUCAUUCUGCAAUUAUUAUUGAUUUAUUCAAUGAAUUUCUUUCACAUGACUGAAGAAAUCCCUUUGAUACUGUUAUACAAAUUGGAUGUAAUCCAACUUUAUUUAUUCAUCAACAUUGCCUUCACUUAUUAGCCGAUCAACUUAUUAGUUGGGAGCUAAUUAUUAAUUUAACAAGCUUCUAACUUAACAACAGGAACGCCAGCGCAGUUGGCCUCAGGACAGCCACACACGUAGGUCACCCCAUUAGCCCCACAGACAGGGUCUGGACGAAAACAGUUGAUAGGACCCGCACAGUCUCCAGGACUAGGAGGGUCGAAACCUCCACACAGGUUCUGUGCUUGUACCUGCAUGCUGAACAAAGGACCCAGCAAUGCUACAACCAUCAUCAUCAUCAUACACAAUGGAGCUAUGUUUUUGAAGGUGGCCAUAGCUUAUCUUGUUAAGGCAGAAGAAAUGGUAAAUCGAUUAUAGGAAAUAUGGAUUUGUUAUAGCAGAGAGAAUGGUGUAUUGGUUAUUAGAGAGAUGGAUGUAUAUAUAGUUUAUGAGGAAUGCAGAGUCAAGGGAUAAGGAUGGGGAGUUGCUUUUAUUGACCGAGAUUGAUCCUUCUUGUCCAACAAUUAAUCUUUAUGCUCUUUCAUCUUAUAUGACGGCUAGGCUUGAUGUUUAAAAUGAUCUAAACUCCUCGUGUAACACCAAAAUACUAUAUUUACUCGUUAGAUAUUUUCUUGGCAAUAAUCGGAUAA